UGCUGUCCAAGUCACAGUCAUAGUUCUUAGGGGGAAGGAUGUACCGUGUUGCUCGUUGUGCGGAUGCUGUCUUCCCAACUGGUGCAGGACAGAUGCAGUUACGGUCGUCUUGGUGGUGUUAGACUGGACUACGUAAUGAUCGAAGGCUGACGAUGUAGACAUGUGUUACGCAACGGGUGAUUGAGGAGGAGCUUUCGGCCGUGCACUGACCGAUGCAACCCUGUGUUCCAUGUGCUGUAGGUUCCUUAGAAUAUAAAGUGUGGAGUUUCCCGGUCUACCUAGUAUAUCAAGUCUUCGUAACCAACUAAAGGUGUCUAACUUGAUCCUGUCACAAACACUGAACGAUGGAACCGCAAGUGGAAACCGAUGAGGGCUCGCCAACAGAAGUUCUCAAGUCAAACCCGUUCCUGACCGUCGUCAUUCUGGUGACGGGGGUGGUAGGGGGUCUAGCCCUGGUCAUUGCGGUGAUAUUCUUCUGUAAAUACUGCGUCAACAAGAGACGGCUACCUGGCAGAGAUCCCGCCUUCUUUACUCCCAUUCCGCUGGAUUUGGAUUUAGAGAGCCGUUCCCGCUCGGGCACGAAUCGACGGCUGGAAUCGAGACCAGAAGACGUGCGGUUACCGCCCUACGAGGAUAUCGACGGAUCGCCUGAAAGACUACUGGAUGACGACGAAGACAAUUUGGAUUCCUGCAUAGCCGAGUAUCUUGCCAAUGGGGAGGCUACCUCUGUCGACCAUCUACCCGACAUACCUGAAGAGGAGCCGAUGCAGACAGGCGAAGCUGAGACAGUAGUGGUGGACUUCUCGUCUGAGCGUGCCGAGGAGGAACGCUCGCCCGUCUCACCUCGGCGGGUCUCCUUUCAAGUGGUCCCCAUCAGACAGAAACAAGCAAAGUACGUCCGAAGGUACACUGAGGGAGAUUUUCAUCACUUGAAAUUAUCCCGGAUUAAACCUUCCGGUGAUUCCAUGAAGGCUUUCUCCCUGGACUACGACUGCCAACGGAACAGCGACCGCAGGACCCAUUCCCCAGGACGCCCCACCAGGACCAGCCUACCCACGCCUGACGACCUCCAGUGGCACAAACCCCUAAACGAUGACCCACUCCAACCACGCGGUAUGACCGUCAAAGCCCAGGUUCACAUCCAACCGACAGAGCAGGGCAAAGCACCGGAAGCAGAUGGCAUCAAGUCCAGGGAUCUCUCCCCAGGCGGGCAGGCUCGCCUGCACGCACCCUCGCACCUGCAGCUCCGCUCCCCGAGGAAAAACAGCCGCGACAAGGCGGCUUCGGAAGCCGACAGGGAGAGCGAAUCCAUAGGGUUCGUACCCAUACCCGCCGAAAACCAAGCUGGAUUCGCGGAGCCCAUCAGCAGCGAGGGCUCAGAGGGUAACGGGAAAAUGACGACCAAAGGAAUGCGGCGGGCCCCCAAUGCGCCGCUUAAGUUCCACCCUCCACCGCAGAUAGAAAUCUGCGAGAAACCGACACCAGAUCAGGAAUUACGAACCGGGGCUUAUCGAGAACUCUGGCAGCUUCGCACUACGCUUGAAAUGGAGGAUUCGGGAAGCUUAAGCUCGGAACCAGAUACCGUAAUUCCAGCCGAACGUGGAAAAGUAGAAGGGCCUGUCCAAGAAGGUGACGGUGAGAGCCAGUAUUUGGAGCCCAGCGAUUCGGCACUUUCUCCGACUGACACAUCGGCAGCAGAAGCUGAUGACGGGAAAAACAGACUCACAGUUGUGCAGAGGUAUAAGUUCAACACACAUGGUAAAAAUGACAGCUUUGAGCAGAUGUUUAGCAGCAUCAGUACUGAGGAGUCAGACACAUCGGAGAGAAGCAAAGGAGGGGACAGUUCUGGGAAAGACAGUGCAAGUAAACUCAAGCAGAUGCAGGCCGACAGUGGAUACACGUCAAUAGAACACAAGAAUGAAGUCUCGGAGCAGCAAAAGAGGUAUCUGUUUGCAUCGGCCGACAGAGAUAGCACGAGUUUGGAGAGCUGCGCUCCUGCUUUGUCGAGCGAGAGCAGCCCGAUCGGAGAAAGGCCCCUGUCGUCAGGGACUGACAGUGCGGUACUUUCAGAGACCAGCAAGGAGGAAUCCUUGCCCACUAAUAUCCACGGUGUGAGAAGGAGGAGUGAUCGACGAACAGCCUCAACAAAACGACGCGAAUUCAUUGCAGAGAAAGGCGAAGCCAUCUUUGGCAGCUUCAGUUUUCCGGAAGAGGAGAGCGAAGCUGACUCGCAGACAAUAACAGGAUCGGUUAGUGAGAAAUCAGUCGGUGUUGCAGGUGACUCGGCAAACGAAUCGUCGGAGCGCAUCCGCAACAGCAAUCGAGUGGGUAGGAUCUUCCGUGUCCAGGGAGAGCACCGACUGAGGUUUUAUCCCAAGGGGAGGGAUUACAGCAUCGACGAAAAGACAGAUGCCUUGUUCAAGGAAUUCAUGCGAUCAGACGCAAUGUUUGAUGCGCCAACAUCGAGGCGAAGUCGUCCGCCUCGCAAUCGUAGACUACAAUUGCAGCAUAAGCAACACAGUGACUCUCAGAUAGACCCAACGCGCAAAAUGGUUGACGCGUCGUCUUCUCCGGAUGUUAGAAGCGCCAGUUUUGAUCACAAAGGAGAAUCAGCGAAAGAGAGACUGACCCACCUGCUCCCUAGCUCCAGCUCAGCUAAGAAGCUGAGUCCUCAGGACAGUGUGGAAGAGGAUUACCUCCGCAAAGAGAGCGGCAAAAUUUGGGACGGGAACCGACCACCUGCCAGGAAACGCGAUCUAGAAGAACUGCCACCCAAAGAUCGUGAACCAUCAAAUCGACAUGAGCACAGCGAAGAGUCUCGGGCUUCAGCGCAGCCCUCGCCGAGAUUAGAACUUGAGGAUGUCUCAUGUCGGCCGAGCGCCUUCCGUUGUGUGAAAAAGUCUCCGAAACUAAAAAGAUCGCAUGCCUCCAUAGCUCCAGAAGAUGAGGCCUUGUCAGACAAACCUCGCGCCCACGAAGAGCAGCCUCCGUUAUCCAAAGGGAAAAUUGUAUCUCAGACCACACUAGUACGACCGACAGCCAUCCAUCCUAAAGAAAGCUUACCCAGCAGCCACGGUGCAGCGGGUCAUCGUGAUUCUCCAAGAAACAGCGGCCAUUACUCCUCGAAAGGAGAGCUAAGAGAUGAAGCGUACCGCCACCGAGACCCCCACCCGUCAGGUGGAAGCGAGCCUCCACUGCAUCGGAGGGGCCGAAGUCCCGGCCGGGACAGAAGCCCGUGGAGGUCCCCUCAGACCCCAACUGCCACCCAUUCGCAAGAAGGUGAAAGAGAGUACGCAGACAGGAGGGCCAAGUCUCCCUUGAGGAUGCACAGCGCCGGCAGUAGUCAGGGUAGUGCCGAGUGGAGUGAUGAAAGAGGCUUCCUAGGCGUCCCGUCCAAAGACCAUCUUGACAGACCGCACAGCGCGUCCUCUCUUCUCAGACUUCAACGAGAAGCUGCCUCGCCGCAGUUUGAGAGGCAUUACAGUGAUGAGACCUACGAUGCUCCGCGACGCGAUCGCAGCAUAGACUACGAUACCAAGCUAGAGGCUGACCGGGAACACAGAGGGUCAUCCGGACGACUUCACCCUUUACGGUGCCAUCCUGGAAGGCAUAUACGACCCGCCACGGUCAGAACCAGCUCCGAGACGAACAUUUUAGAAACCAGGGAUGGGCACAAGCGGAGCCGUGCCCACGACCUGAGGAGGCAGCAUUACGGUAGAGCUCACAGCGCCCUGGAUGUAUUCGCUGCGAACAAGCCUCCACCGAAAGACCCACUCAGAUCAAGACCGCCUCCAGAGAGGCUCUCCGUCAGGUCAAUGACAUUAGACUCUCCGAACAGUCCAGGAGCAGUACCCAAAGAACGCAGACACCCACUAGAUAUCCCAAAAGAGGAAAGGAGACAUCCUUUAGAGGGACUGAAAGACGAAAGGAAACACCCUUUAGAUAUCUUUAGUAAGGAGGAACGCAAACACCCUCUAGAGGGUCUGAAAGAUGAGCGCAAACCUUCAAAAGAAGAACGCAGGCAUCCUCUAGAUGGAUACAAGGAGAAACAUAAAGACAGUACAGCACCUCUACGGUGGUAAUACACGUUUUAACUAGGUUAGAAUUAGAAUAUUAAAAUAAAUGUAUAUUUGCGAAAAAACCUCCAAAAAAAAAACACACUAAAAGAACUAACUAAAUAGCACUGAAAACAUUUGGUGCUUAUCCAAUAACAUACAUGUGUAUGUUGAACUGUACAUAAUAAUUUUAAAGUACCAUAUUCUUUUAAUUUUCCAAAUGUAUCAUUUUAUAUGCCUUGAUUAAAGGAAAAGUUGCAGCAUUUUCUAUUCUAUAUGAUUAUUGUUCAUUAAUUUGUAUAAUAAGAAAAGACUAUAGAUAUCGUAUAUUGUAAAAUAGGCUUGUAACAAAAACACUUGAUAUUACGGUUGAGUAGUGGUUGUGCAUAAAUCUGAAUAACUUUACAGAACUUCAGCAGCUUUUUAUACCACACUGUAGUUUUGAAUAUUAACGGAAUGUCUUUAAAUAGCACACUGCAGAAAAAAAUUUAGAUUAGUUUGAAUAUUAUAUUACAAUUCUACUAUGAAUAGUACAGUAAACAAAAAUCAUUUCGUUUUGGAAAUGAGUCAGAACUGUAAAGGUUCAUUUCUUUCUAAUUCGGGUGACGAGGUGCAAUUUGAGAAAGGUGCAAUCAUUUACCCCAACUCCUUGACAUUCUCAUUCAUGUUAAACAGUUGUUUGAUUACUAUCUUGUAUAUACACCGAAAAGGAGACUUAUUUAUGUACGUACACUGCGUGUACCUUUCGUGCCGAGACUUUAAGAUGUAAAACAAAUCGAUCAUUAUGAUGAAAUAUUUUACUACGUGUAAUGGUGUUUACAAUUUCCGACGACAUGCCUUGUAUAUAAUGAGUAACUCAGAUUCGUGAAAUGCAAACAGUAAAGUGCUGCAAUUUUGCAAUGACUGUGAACAGAAGGUGUAGCCUAUUCAUAAUUUAUAGCAACAUGUGAGCACUACUGUACAUAUUUUUUUACACUGCUGCUCCCUUUAGCAUUAAACAGUUCACAGUUUAACUGUAGGCACGAAGUCGUAGUCUCGACUAUUUUAGGGAAGGUCAGCUAUUUUUCGGAAAGUCAUUUUAGGGAAACUAUUUUAGGAAAAGUCAGCUUGAGUCAGAUUGCACCGUUUCUAGUUGUGAGUAUCAAUAUUUUACAUGACAGUGAAGCAUACUUUAAGCAAACUUAAAAAAAAAACAUUUCUGCAGGUCUUCGUUUGGGAUAAACACAACGGGUAUUCAUGCCCUUGUAGACUUCAAUUUUGUUUUGGUCCCAUAAUGACUGUUUUCCCCGUAAGAAAACAAAGUGCUGCAAGUCCAGUUUUAAAACUGCUAAAAAAAUAAGCAUUGUUAAAAUAUUAACCAUGUAGUGAAAAUCUAGAUUAAAAGGGUGUUUUGUUGGUACCGCAUAAUCCCGUAGACAAUUGAAAUCAGCUGCACUGUAUUGGUAGAUUUGAUGGGUUUUGCACUAAACACUGCACAGACAAGGGGAUUUAAAGUUCGAAGGAAAAUUAGGGGGAAAAUUUGGCCAAAAAAAAACCCUUUCAAAGUACAGAAUGUUAGUUUUGAUAUCGUUUCGUCGUUUCUUUUGAAAGAUAAAUUCCAAACAAUAUUUUGAGGCUAUUGCACUCUUUAAAAA